AUGUUCCCGAAUAAUACACAAUAUAUUCGUCGACCAAUAUAUGCAUUAAUUGAGAUCGCUAAAUCGAAGAUUGAAUGCAAACUUCAAGAUCUUGAACAAAAACUUAUACCAAUUCCACUUGUAGAACAGACAUUUCAAGUUGACGUUGCUGAUCUUAUUCCAAAAGAUAAGAAACCCAAAUCCAAUCAAAAGAAAAUUUUAUCCAUCAAACGAUCUGCAUUACCACUUGUACCUGCUUAUUGUAUUACAACGCAUAAAAGUCAAGGUCAAACAUUGAGCAAAGUGGUUAUUGAUCUAAAAUUACCAAAUGAAACGGACGAUAUUGCAGCAGUCUACGUACCACUAUCUCGUGUAAAACGUUUGGCCGAUCUAGGUAUUCUACGACCAGUUGAUUAUAAAGUUUUACUGAUGAAACCAUCGAAAUCUCAAAUUACCGAAAUGGAAAGACUGGAUCAGCUGUUUUUGAAUACACGAUCACGUUUUCCGGAAUGGUUUCAAUGA